GCCUGAACCCCGUCGGACCUCAAUUGUCGUUGCACCACUUCAGCGUCCGAUCGGAGCGACGGCAGGGGAAGCUGUUAGUUUCCUUCCCGCCGCGGAGGGAUACGAGGAGAAGCAGGGGAGGCGACUGGCGUCACAUAUAAACCCACUUUUCGGGGAGAGCUUUUAACGGCAGCGAAGGAGGAGGAGGACUAGGACUAGGCCUUGGUGUGGCGGCCGUCGCCGAGCAACCGCGCGCACCUGCUCCGGCCUAAUCCAGGGCUGGAGGGCUCUGAUUGGCUGCCUGCCGCCAUUGUCGCGUAAGGAGUGGCUGGGAGGCGCCGUCAAUCACUCCCUCGGUCCCGCCCACCGCGAAGGCUCCAAUGUGGGCUGAGGCAGAGGGAGGAGGUCGGAGCCUCUGGCCAGAUGAUUCAUUCAUAACAACAUCCAAGCUACUACUUUGGCUAUUGGUACCUGAACAUUAAUCAUAUCAUAUUGUGAUCUUCCUAGAAUGGACUGUUCUAGGUCUUGCUCAGCGGCAGGUGGUGGACAGACAGUAUCUCAAACCCAUAGUGGUGACGGUGAGAGGCAAUGGCAGCAGGAACGCCUUAACAGAGAGGAAGCCUAUUACCAAUUCAUUAAUGAGCUAAGUGAUGAAGACUACAGAUUAAUGAGAGACCGCAAUCUUCUUGGGACUCCAGGGGAAAUAACAGCAGAUGAACUGCAGCAACGCUUGCAAAGUGCAAAGGAGCAUUUGGCAACCCAGCCUGACCCAGAAAAUAGAGAAUGGGAAGGAGACACAGUUGGAUAUUCACAGACUCUGGGGGAAAAUUCAACCAGCGAUUCUCUGCUAGAGUGGCUGAACAGAUUCCAUCAUACAGGAAAUUCCACCCGUAGCGGACAGAGUGGAAACCAGACUUGGAGGGCUGUAAGCCAGGCAAACCCAAAUAAUGGUGAAUUCCGGUUUAGUCUUGAAAUAAAUAUAAAUCAUGAGCAUAACAGUGAUGAUGCUGCUGGUGAAGAAUUCAGUGGCUUCUUACAUGGUCAUAGUAACAGAGCACAUAUUGUAAAUAGGUCUGUAAUACCAGACAGCCCAGUGGCCAGCCGAACCAGGAGCCAGACAUUGAGAGCUGCUGCUGCUGCCAGUACUUUUGCAUCAUCAAGACUUGGAAAUGUUAACAGUUCAGUGACUCAAAAUACUGCAGAAACAUCGCAACUCUUCUCAGGCAGACUCAGAAGCAGAAACAGAAACUCAGCAAAUUUUGUAGGACACCGCACCUUUUUAGAUGACAAUGAGCACAAUAUUAUCAGACAAAGAAGAACACGCCGAGUUACAUCAGUGAGGCUUCACAGAGGGAGAACUCAGGAUAGAACUCAGAGGGCUACAAGGCAAAGACCAGAUGUUUUAAGACUAAGGUCGACUUUUACUAGUCAGUUCCAGUCUCUCUUGGAAGGGAUGCCACACAGGAAUGUACAACAGACCCAUAGAGAAUCUAGUGGGACAGAUGCAGCACUGUCUCUUCCAGAGCAAGAUGAGGGACAGACACCAUCUUUGGAUGUAACAUUGGAAGAUGAAGAAUCUGCUGGAUCCACAACUGAACCUAGACGACAUCCUGCUAUUACACUAGACCUUCAGGUGAGAAGGAUUCGUGCUGGGGAAAAUAGAAAUCAAGACAAUAUUGCUGCUAGAACCCGCUCAAGAGCAGGUGCGACAGACAACCUGGUUACUUUUGAAAGUGAUGGAGGGGGGUUUCAUCGCACUGUUUCACGAUCUGAACAUGCAGGUAUACGAACAUAUGUUAGCACCUUACGGAUACCCCUUCGUAGGAUUUCGGAAACUGGACUUGGGGAAUCUUCAGCCACAGCUCUUAGAUCAAUUCUAAGACAAAUUAUGACAGGGUUUGGAGAGCUAAGCUCUUUAAUAGAUACAGAAUCAAAUUCUGACACUCAGAGGAAUAGUCCGAAUUCAUUAGAUGCGCAGUCGCAGCUAUCUAACUUGCAUACCCUAAACAGUAUCAAUGAAUUCAGUGGGACUUCACUUAGGAGCAGACCUGAUGAGCAAGGUAGCAGAGAAUGGGAUGGGGAUAUGGAUGUUACACAACACUAUAGUCAAGGUAAUGAAACACAAGACAGCAGACAGUUUCAAGAUGCAAACAGUUUUGUUGAAAAUGGAACACUUCCUAUUCUUCGCCUUGUGCCCUAUCUUUUGUUACAAGAAGAUACUAAUGGUCACUUGAGGGGAUUAACCAAAGAGCAAAUCGAUAGUCUGUCUACCCGAAAUUAUGGGGAUGUCAGUGUAGAAGAGGCUGAAACAAGUAAAACAUGUAGUGUGUGUAUUAAUGAAUAUGUUAUUGGAAAUAAGCUAAGGCAGUUGCCCUGUAUGCAUGAGUUUCACUUUCAUUGUAUUGAUCGCUGGCUUUCUGAAAACUCCACUUGCCCAAUUUGUCGGCAACCUGUAGUGAUUUAAUAUUGUGGGAAACUGAUGAAUCAUCUGGGCUGUUUUUAAUACCUUUCAAUAAGAAGAGAGGGCUGUUUUAAAUAUGUUAAAAUGGGACAAAAUCUGACUUUGGCAGUGAAUGCAUCAGUGAAGCAGAAGAAAAUAAAUGUCAAAUUACCAUCAUAAGUCUAUUUUUCUAUAUAAUUUUGUUAUGGAAAGCACUUCUGUAAUAUAGACAUUUCAUGGCUUUUGUUCCUUAUGAUUCAAUCUUUAUUGAGGUUUCACUUUAUUUGUGCAGUGGUCAAAUAGUUUUGUUUUUAGCUGUUUGCUCUAUGAGCAGUGCCCUUUUUUGUGUUGCAAAUGAAACUGGAAACCUUGGCACCUGUAAGAAGGUUCUUAAGUUAUUUGAAGUGCUUGGUUUUACUAUAUGGGGUAUAUUUUUAUGGAACACCCUGCACAUUUGGUUUUAUUUAAGUAUUUUAUAGGUAGCUUUUGCAUGCUUUAUACAUGGCUUACUAUUAACACUUUAAUUUUUAACAUGUAUGAGGUUCAAGUGGGAAGUUAAAUUUAUAUUCACUGGAGUGAUUUAGAGCAGUUAAUGUUUCAAUACAUUCUGCCAUGCGGUUAGCAUGAAGAACUGUUAAUCCACAUAUGCCAACUGUAUCUUCAGAAAUUGCUUGAAGAAUAUAGAAACACUGUAUUUAGGUUGUUUAAUCCAAUUUAUAGGCAUUCUGAGGAGUCUGUAGUUCUAAGACAGAAGAGUGCCAUGUUUAAAGAGCUUAACUGCAGUAUGCAUGAUUUAUGUUUUCAUUUUCUUAACUUUUUAACAGUUUGUUGUAAGACUGUCUUUUCUGGACCAUGUACAAAUGGGAUACAUAAUUCUGUUCAGCUUAUAAGGGGAGCUCCCUGAGGAUCAAAUGUGAUAACAUGUUAAGGGAAUAUGUAUACUCUCUGUAAAAUACCAAAAACAGCUGUAUACAUGGCCUUUAAGGCACAUCUCAAUACCUGACAACAGAAUAAAACUUCAAAACUGGAA